AUGGAUAUUCUUAGAGCUGAGCAAGUGGCUAAGACUAUCGAAGGGGAGACUAAGGCUUCAUUCCUGAAGAAAGAAUUCUUCCAUUCAAAUCCUAUUGAAUUUAUUGGGGACGCCGAAUCAUUAAAGGCGGAUAAAUGGCUUGAGCAAAUUACCAAAUUUUUUGAGAUUUUGGACAUUCAUGAGAGUGAACUUUGGGCGGCACUUGAGAAAUACCUUCCUCCUAUUGCGAGGAAACAUUUAAUGAGGGAGUUUGGAGAACUUGAACAAUCUAACUCCACAGUAGCGGAGCUUGAGGCUACCUUGACGAGUUUAUCUCGUUUUGCACCUGACCUUGCGGAUUAUGAUAGACUAGUAGAGUUCGUGGCACAUGUUGAGAUCAUGGUUGAAGGUGAAGAGAAGAGGCAACGGCUUAGGAGACAAGGGAUUGUAGAAUCUCAAACAAACGAUGGGAAUGGUGGAGUGCGAGGGGAAUUUCCUAGGGUGGUUUGUGAGUAUUUAGAUGCCUUUCCAAAGGACCUCACUGAAUUACUGCCUCAUCAUGAGGUCAAGUUUUCUACAGACUUAGUGCUGGGCACGACACCUAUUUCCAUGUCACCCUAUAGAUUUGCUUUGGUAGAGCUGCUUAUUUUAAAGAACCAACUGCAAGAGUUAUUAGACAAGGGUUUUAUACACCAUAGUACCUUGCCCUGGGGAGCACCAGCUCUUUUUGCCAAGAAGAAUGAUGGUUCAUUGUGGCUAUACAUCGAUUAUUGCAAGCUGAAUAGGUUCACAGUUAAGAAUAAGUAUCCAUUGCCUAGAAUAGAUGAUCUUUUCGACCAAUUUAAGGGUUCUCAAUGUUCCUCAAAGAUAGAUCUAAGAUCGGGUUAUCAUCAAUUACGUGUAAAAGAGGAAGAUAUUCCAAAGACGAUCUUUCGUACUUGA